CUCCGUAGCGUGCAAGCGCCUUAACUGCCAUCUGUGCACUUCAACCGUGAACUCGCGGGUCCCUGGUCGAGCGCAAACAUACCAGGGAGUUCCAACACAGCAUAUCCAUGCGCGCAGCGUCUCUCGCUUCCCGGCCGCCAUGGAACAACACGCCCCGGCGCGGGGGCAAUCUGAAAUUUAUGAUCCCUACCUACAACACGUGGAACAGAAUGUCGGGUGGGACCCGGUAGCGGCAACACCAGACAAUGUUUACUCGCCACACCGAUCGCGAGGUGCUUUCGAGUCCGUGAGCCCCCUGCAUGGCGAUACGCCUGCCGCUGCGGGUACACCGUCCAGUGUGGGCUUGGGGAUCGCGUCGGCCGACGGUGGUGGCGCUCAGUUUCCGGGAUACCAAUACAUCGCGGCCCGGGAUUCCUUCCAGCAGGACAGUCCUCCGAAGACUCCUCCGCUUGCCGACGACUCAUCAAAGUCUAACCUCAAAGCCCACGAGUAUGACCUCGGCACCUCGGGUGCGGCACCCUAUUACUACCCGCCGCAGUAUGGCGGCUCGGGCCCGCCGGGCGGCCCGAGGAGCACUCGCUUUGCGUCGUUGACCGGGUCGACACCAUGGAAGAUGAUAGUUAGCGCAUGGCCCAUGUACGGCAUGUUCUUCCUCGGAUUUGCCUUUGCCGUCGGCCACCACAUCUUUUACAGCAAACUCGACGGGAGACCAGCCGACGACCAGAAACACCAGAUCCAGAUGAUGCGCUUCGGCGGCUUGCUGUCUUAUGCUGCCAAGGCAUCGCUCGUCGGCGCCGUCGUCUUCGCCUACCGGCAGCAGAUUUGGGUGACGGUUAUCAGCAACGUGCUUCGGCUAAGGACCAUCGACAGCGUCUUUGCCGCCGUCGACGAACCGCUGACCCUGUUUAACUGGGAGUUCCUCAAGAAGGCGAGGGUGGCCGCGUGCUUGGCCGUUCUGGCAUGGCUCUUUCCCCUUACCGUCAUCUUGACCCCUGCUACUCUCACCGUGUCUCGCAUCACGGAGAGCAAGGAUGACCACUGUUACAACGUCCGCACCCUGAACUUCGAGCAAGAAAGGGACAAGAACUGGAGACGGCCGGAGCGGAUCAACAAUUUCCGAGGCGUCUCUCUCUCACUUUACAACUCAACCGUCCAGAACUCGGCCGGCUUGGUCGAUGUGCCCUUCAACGAGACCUUCUUUGACUACUGGACCGGAAUAAGCCCCAUGGUCGACCUGGUAGCAUCUCAGAGUGCUCUUACCGGUUCUGUCAUUCCCGGGCCCAACGUCGCCCUCGAUACGUGCGGCGCUGGCUGGAACUGCAGCUACACCAUCUCAUUCAAAGCACCGGGGUACAAAUGCGAGGAAUUGGCGAAAGGCCCAAAGCUCGACGAGAAGGGCCUCAUGAGCCAGAAGGGUUCGCCGUUGCACGUGGGCGAGCUGGCGCCGAAUGGCAACUACAGCUACCUGGCCGAAACCCAGCUUGGCGAAUACUAUCCUAACCAGGUCGAGGUCUUCGCUGGAGGUGCUCCCAACAUGACGCCCCCUUAUCCGAAGAACCUUGGAGCCUUCAGGACGGAGCCGGUGCUGUGGAUCGGCCACGCAGAAUUUACAGGCCACGGAAACCCCCCGGAGAACAAGGGCGUCGAGGGGUGGGACACGGCUUUCCAGGCCGUGCUCACCCGGUGCGAGCAUUAUCUCGUCGACUACACUGUGCAGUUCAACCACACCUUUUCCACGCAAUCCACGACGGUGCUGAAGAGGGACUACCUGCGCCCCAUCAUCGACACAACCUUCCUGAAGGACAAGAACGCCGAAGACGGCACCAAGGACAACAUCACGGCCACGCCCGAGUCUAAUUAUGUCUUCCCCAUCGACUACCAGAACUACCGCGAAGUCGCCGCGUACCACUCCCUCGGCUUCAGCAUGCGCCGCUACCUUCCCGGCUACAUCCAAUACGCCCCCUUCGCCAUGCCGGACGGCGACGUCACCAAGACCGGCCUGAUCGACCGCGAGACCUACCUGCCCGUGCCCAACCUCAUCGACCAGAUCCGGGACUUCUACGAAAACAUGACGCUCUCCCUGCUCUCGUACCCCAAAUUCAUCGUCGUCACCUGGGCGGCACGGCCCUCGGAGCGGGCCGGGCUGACCAACGCGACGGGCAACGCGACGCUCGCGUACCCGUGCACCAAGAUGCGCGUCAUCAACGCCUACGUGUACAACCGGCGCGACCUGUGGAUCGCCUACGCGGUCGCCAUCUCGGUCGCCAUGGCCGCCGUCGUGCUCGGGUCGGCCGCCCUGUCGCAGAACAACUUCCACGUGCGCGACGUGCACGUCUCGAGCGUCGUCGCCGCCACCCGCGCCCCUUGCCUCGACCAGCUGCCCUGGAAGGCCAGCAAGUGGGGCGAGGUGCCCGCCGAGAUCCUCGACACCCGCCUCGGUUACGGCGUCAUCGCCGAACCGGGGCCGCACGGCACGCCGGCGGCGCAGUUUAUGACGGGGAGUGCCGGCGGGGCUUGGACGGGCAUGGGUGCUGUGGGCAGUCCGGUCGUCGUGGGCGGGAAGGUGUAUUACGGGUUUGCGCCCAAGGAAGUGCUCGAGCACACGAGGGUGGCCACGUUUGGGCCCGGGAAGCCGAGGAGUCGCACCAGUGCUUGGAGCUUUAGGCGGUGGGGGGAGGACUUCCAUUACAAGUGAUGUAUCUUCUGCAGCAAUGUUGUAGCAAUCAAUGGUUGGUUGCCGGAUCCUUUUCUUUUCUUCGAGAGCGACAGGGGUAGCAUUUUCCAUUUCCUUGGUGCACGGGCUAGCAUUUCUCACACGCAGGUGUCAUGGAGAAAGGGGCAUAUUGU